CUGGCAGUAAUCGCACAGUUUUUCCUCGACCGUCCGUGUGUUAAUCUCGCGUGUGCGGCCCCCUCCGAGAGCGAAUUCUGCUGCUGCUGCUGCUGCUCCACGCUGUCUCUGGCGCUUCGUUUACCCACGGGAAAAACUCGUGCGACGCAAAACAGUGACGCGUGUUUGCAUUAAGUGGUUCUUGUUUUUUUUUUUUAGUUAAAAACAAAAUUAAAUAUUUUUGUGUAAAAAUAAAUGUUUCGUAAAGUUUUGUAAUUCGUUCCAUCCAACAUUCGAUCGCUGAAAUUUCGUUCCAUUGCAAUCGCCGAUCGACCAGGCGCCGUCCCGAGUGACGAAGCAACAAGGCGCCCUGACACUGUCCAGCGCCGCCACAACUGUGCCGCACACAACCUCCUCUUCCCCCCCCACGAACGGGUUGCCAAAGGAAAAGGGUUUCGGGCAAGGGUUCCCGUGGAUCGUGAACGGCAUGUCAGUCAGUUGCUCUGCGAUCGCGAAACACGCCAAAGCUUUCGCAGUGGUGCUCUGUAGGGGAAAAUAAACAACAACAGCAGCCACGUGCUUACGGUGAAGACGUAGCGAACGCAAGUGCACCAAUCAAUCGACAAAGUGAAUAUAGGGAAAAAAUAGGGAAAAUGUUGGAAAUUGUGAAGAGAAGCUUUAUCUGAAAGUACAUCCAAGCUAAACGUUUGAAUUGAGUGUUGCUGUGUUUUUUUCCGGUAAUUUGUUGCUCCUAGCGAGCGUAAAGUGCGUUCCGAGGAAGUGUCGUUGUGUUUAAAGAUUGUACGAAAGUUUGAUGCUACGGUGAAUCGGUGCUGAAGUGUAAGCAAAAGUGUGUUCUACCAAAUUUUUGUCUUUGUACAGUGCAAGCGAGGCGUCAAGAAAAGGGUGCCAAAAAACACUCAAAACCAACAGGUUAGUGGCCAAGCGGGAGAAUCCUCUGCAUUGGAUUUUAAAAAUCAAAUUAAUCCUCCAAUAAGACAACGACAGUGCGUGGUACUAUUCAUCUGCAAGCAGCUCAUGGCAGUGUUGUGAACCGCAAUAGAAAAGCAACGUGUUACCGCCGCGCCCACCAAAGCACCCACCGCCAAUGCUGCUGCUGCAGUGUUCGUUGCGCGGCCGGCAGUGACUCGCGACGAAAGAUGCGCUUCCCUCGCUUCGAACCAACCGAAAAUGAGCAUCCAAUCGGCCGAAGUGCAUCGACCAUCCGGCAGCGGUUCCGGCAGCGACCAUGCACCGAUCUGCGCGCUCGCACUAGCGCCCCGUACCGCCCAGCCGCCCCGGCGCAGUGACCGGCCGGCGGGUCGUGGCGUGGCAGCGGCCAGCGGCAAAAUGGUUCCGACCAGCGACGUGCCGGCGAAGCUGACGCUGCUGCUUAUGCUGCUAAUUGCCGUUAUUGACCACGGUGAAGCGGGCACCUGUUGGUUGCGGCGGUUCGACUCGUCGGGAAAGUGCAGCCAGCUGUUCGCACGCAACGUGACGCGGGAGAGCUGCUGCGGGGCCGGUGCCAGCGGUGGGAAGGGCUACAGCGAACGGGACAUUCCCGACGUCGGCCUGUUCUUCCUCAACGCGUUCAACGACGGGAUGGAGUGCACAUCAUGCCUAGAUACCUGCGAUCGGACAAAAUGCGGCCCGAACAAACGGUGCGUGAUGCGUCGCAACCGCCCGAAGUGCAUCUGUGCACCGAGCUGCAGCGGGGGCAGCAACAAACGGCGCCCCCAAACACCCCGACGCAACAACCGGCUGCAUCAGCUGCACCAGCAGCAGCACCAGCAGCAGGAGGAGCAGCCGCGCUUUCACCAGCAAAACAUUAAGGUGAUCAACCUGAGCGAAAGCCAGCGCGGCCACCGACAGUAUUUCGCCGACGCCGGGCGGCAACCGAGACCGCGCCAGCUCCGGUACACGGGAAGCCCGGAGAAGGGCGGCAGGAGUGUAAAAAAGACUAGCCUAAGUGAGAACCGACCACCACCGCCGCCAGCCGACGGUGGCAGCCAAAGAGCGAGCGCCAAGCACGGCGCGAAGGAUAAUGCUAAAGCUAGGAAGCAUAAUUUAUUGGAAUCUGUGACAUUAGUGAGUAGUAGUAGCAGCCAUAGUAGUAGUGCUAGUAGUAAUCGUGCAGGCAGCAGCAGUAGUAGCGGUAAGCAUAGUAGAAGCAGUAGCGGCACGUCCAAAGGCACCCCGUCCACCGGCAACUGCACCGUGGCGGGCAUCGGUCCAGCACCGGCCGGCUGCACCGCGCCGGGACGCGGCUGGACCGGUGGCGAACGGAUCGUUCUACAGCAGAACGGGCUAGCUUUAAAUUAUCCCACCGGCAGUAAGGGUGCGGCAGCAAAAGGACACGGUGCUGCUGCUGCGACAUCGGUCCCACCCAACACAACGCGACGCCACCAUCGGAAGAGUCCAGCGGUGCCGGUGCGCGGUGGCAACCAGACGACGAGCGAACAAACCCACCGAAAGGCCACGACCGUGGCACCGUUUGUCGCGUUCGGGAAGCCAAAGCUGCUGCGGGUGCCGCGGGUCGGCCGCAAGCAGAACGCGACCGCGGUGCGGGUGCCGCGCCGCGAGCCAAACUAUUUGGAUGACGUUUUCUUCAUCGAGAACUAUCACAGCAAGCAGCGACGCAAUCGCAAGCACCCGGGCCUACCGAUCGAGGAUGUGUGGGGCAACGAAAUUAUGCAUCAGGCUAGUUUCUACAACCCAGUUUGUGGCACAGACGGUCGAACGUACAAAACGGAGUGUCAGCUAAAGAAGCGUGCUUGCCGGCAAGAGAUCACAUCCCUGAUGGUAGCCUACAAAGGACAUUGUCAAACAUCCUGUAAGUUUGUACAGUGUCCGGAUGGGAAGCGCUGCAUCGAAGACCAGAACGCCACCCCGCACUGUGUGUCCUGCGGCGUAGCGGAGUGUCGUGCUGAUCGAUCACCUAAAUCCGUCGUCUGCGGUACGGACGGGAUCACCUACCCAAGUAUCUGCGAGCUGAAACGGCAGGCCUGUCUAAACGGUCGGGCCAUUCCGGUCGCUUACCGGGGAAGAUGUGUUGAAGCCGCCACUUGCGAGACGAUCAAGUGCAAGGAUCGGCAGCACUGUCUAACGGAUCUGAAAACGCAUAAACCGCGCUGUGUCAGCUGCAGCUACAAAUGUCCCCGCUCGAAACGCCAGCAGGGCUACGGAAAACUGUACCGUGAUGCCAAAAAUGUUCCCUUCUACGAUCACAACGUGAAGCUGUGCGGCACCAACAAUCGAACAUAUCACUCCUGGUGCCACAUGCAGAAGGACUCCUGUACGACGGGAUUCUACAUCGACGUCCAGCAUGGCGGCUCGUGCGCCUUUGGAAGAUAAACCCACCAAAAGGAUCGAUUCGGGUUCGAUCGAUCCGAUCUGUCGAAUAAACGUCACACAGUAAAAUGAAUGUGACUGUGUCGUAUCUGCAAGCGCAAGAUACCAGCACCGGAAGUAUAAUAAACGUUAAUGCAAGAGAGAGAGAGAGAGAGAGAGAGAGAGCGAGAGAAGAAACAGUAAGAUAAUUGAACAAAAAAACGGGAAGUACAUUUGUCGAGAGGAGUGUGUUGGGACAGAAAAGAUGUAAAGAAAUACUUAUCAAUGGUACAUAUUUAACUGUAAAUUUAGAAACGCAACCACCAGAAGAGGAGCACACACAUUACCGAGCAUUUUUUUUGUUUUUUUUUUUUUUUAAUUAUUUUUUAUUUAUGAACCAACAAUCCGUCACUUCGUUAAGUUAUUUAUUUACCAAAACCGUGUAGGAAAGUAGCAUGCAUAUUGCACUAUAAGCAAAUCGAAACAUAGAAGCAGUGUGGUGUAGAAAUGGUUGUACAUAAUACAAAACAAAUCAUAAUUUAAACUGUAGUGUACGUCUGUCGACAACAAUAUGUCACAAGACGCUAGACCGUUCGCUGUAGGUGUAGAAAUAUUUAACCCGAGCCGACCCGUGUCACUGCGUCCCCUUUACUACUAUCUGUCAGAACAGCACAGUACACCCACCUAGGAGCGCGGUUACGGUUUUAUGAGUAGUUGUAAGUAAGCUGUUUUAUGUAUUUUUAUUUUAUUUUUUGCUUUCUAAAACUUCAAGCACUAUUUAUUGUACCUUACCCCCUGGUCGAAUGCUGUAUCCGAGCACGGCCAUGGAGCAAAUCGGUGGAAGCGGAGGGGAAGCGAGCAUGUAUAGUAGUGAAAUUUACGCGAAACGUUUGUCGAUAGGAUUUCCCUAGCAAUCGAAACCAAAAGAACACGAAAGAGAACGGUCACAGCAGAAGACAGUAGAAGGAAGGAAGGAAAUUUAUCAACCCUAAACGAUGUACUUUAAUCUCGCCACUCUAGGGCGAUAAUAUAUAAUAAUUCUUGAAAAGAUUUAAAAAACGAAUUGGCAAAAAAAAAACAACAAUGCUAAACCACAAAACAAGGAAAAAGACAGUGUGCUUGGUGGCAGUGAAUGUUUCGAGUGCCAGCAACCAGGAGUGUAAGAGUGUUGCGAAUAAAAUCAACAAGCUGAAGCAUCAUCAAACAAGUAAAUCAAUUGGUGCUCCGCAAAAUAAAAACACAACCCACACAUUGCGAGCUGUUCCGUUGUAUACAGAUAGCAGACAAAUCAAUGCACCGUAGCCGUUUAUCCACGUGCCACCAAUCUAUUACAAUCAACUGUGUUCGGCGUCGUCGCGUGGCGCUGGGACAUCAAAACAAACA